GUGUGACAUUCGCUGCUAGAAGCUAGGUGCCGGAUAAAUGAACUCGGGGCAGGAAACAAAUUGUACAGUUUUUUUUCCCCUCUUUUAGCCAUGCGGUUGACUUCUGAGGUAAACUUUGUUGUCGUUUCCGCAUCAGAAAAGUGAGUUUAUAGAUAAAGACAAAACUUUUUAGUCUUGUUUUAUAAGCACGCUAAAUUGUCGGCUAACGCUUCUUUUUUCAUAAACUUGUGCACUGGGCGUGUGUUGUUGGGAGUUCGUGAGGUCGUUUUCCGGUUUGUUAAAAWAAUGUUAAUAUUAACCAGAUGAGUUAAGUUUAUGUACAUGUUUGGCAACUCAAGCUGACUUUUUGAACAGCAUUUUCGCUCACAAGGUUAAAUUUUGCUCUCUUGCAGCAGCUUUCUGUCACUUAUGCUGACCUUUUGGGGCAGGGGUGUUGAAAGUAGGCCAGGUGUGCUGUGGCGUAGAUAGGGUCUUCUGUAACUUUAUUUUUGGUCGGGUGUAGAAGAGGUGCAACCAUGCUGCUGUCUCUGUUUGUGCACACAUACUCGCUGCGGUACUUGUUUCCAGCCACAAUCAUGCUGGGAACAGCCCCAGCUUAUCUUCUAUCUUGGGGGGUUUGGAGAUUGAUCUCAAUGGUUUUACCAGAAAGACUUUACCACAAGAUAGACGACCGACUGUACUGUAUCUACCAGAGCAUGGUCCUGUUCUUCUUUGAGAACUACACAGGAGUUGAGAUUAUCAUAUAUGGAGAUAUACCAAAGAAAAAGGAGAAUGUGAUCUACAUGUCGAACCACCAAUGUACAGCUGAUUGGAUCAUCGCUGACAUGCUCGCCAUCAGGCAGAGCGCCAUCGGUCACGUCCGGUACGUCCUGAAAGACGGACUCAAGUGGCUCCCACUUUACGGGUGGUAUUUCUCUCAGCACGGGGGAAUCUUUGUGAGAAGAAGCGCAAAGUUUAAUGAGAAGGCCAUGAGGAAGAAGCUGCUCAGUCAGACUCGAUGUGGAGCGCCUAUGUACCUCGUCAUCUUCCCAGAAGGAACCCGGUACAAUCCAGAGCUGAAGAACGUUAUCGCUAACAGUCAGGCGUUUGCUGCAAAAGAAGGACUGGCUGUUCUGAAGCACACUCUGACACCCAGAGUGAAGGCUUUCCAUAUAGCCAUGGAGAUCAUGAAGGACGACCUGGACGCCGUGUACGACGUCACGGUGGCUUACGAGGGAACGCUGGACAGCUCCGGUCAAAGAAAACCCGCUCCAUCGAUGGCAGAAUUCCUCUGCAAAGAAUGUCCCCGGAUCCACAUACACUUCAGCCGUGUUAAAGUAAGGGAUAUCCCCUCUGAGUCGAAGAGUUUCCGCAGGUGGAUGCAUGAUCGGUUUGAAACCAAAGACCGGCUUUUGACAGAUUUCUACCAGUCGCAAGAUCCAGCGAAACAAUUCAGGUUUCCCGGAGAGGGCAAAGUCUCUCCGCUGAGUCUCUCCAAGACCCUCCCAUCUUUGCUCAUCUUGGGGGGGCUCACACUGCCAUUACUGCUGACGGAGAGCGGCAGGAUACUUUACGUGAGAACCUGGGUUUACGGGACGCUGUUGGGCUGGCUGUGGGUCAACAUUUUUCCUUAAAAACCGCGACGAGGAGGGGAGGCUGACGCGAUGAGACACAAACUCAGAAAGAGGUGCCACUUUCCUGGGUUGCAACAACUCACAAUGUGUUCCAUGCAGAGCGGUACCUUUUUUUUUUUUUUUUUUUACAAAAGUUCUAACUGUUCAGCUGGUGACGCUGAGAAACGUUAAAACUUUUUGAGCUACUUGAACCUUUUUGUGGUGUUUUUUAAUUUUCAGCCUGACGUUAUAAGAAAAAUCAUAUUCAAAUUUAAAAGACCCUCCUUUAAAUAUAAAUUAAAAAUAUCUAAAUCAUUCUUUUAAAAAAAAUAACCCCUCAGUAGAUUUCUUCAAAUUAGUACUCAUGCAUGCUUCAUAAAUCAUUGGCAAGUUUUAAAACUUUUUUUUAAUUUAAGCCAAGUUUUUCUUUUYUUUCCAAUUAAGUGCACUGACUAAAUGAUAAUGGUUAUGAUGUUUUUAUGCCAAGUCCCACAUCAGGAGGAUUAUGCACUUUUCUCACAUAAAGUGAGGUUUUUACACUGGUAGAAGAAAACGACCAGCACGCAGUCCUCUGAACGUGACACCAGCUGCAUUGUUUACCAGAAAUGCAGAUUUUUUUUCUUGACAGUGAAUGUAGCCGUAAAAACACAUUCAUUCAUAAAAAUCAAUCUGUUCUGUUUUUUUUUUUGUUUGUUUUGAGCACAGUAACUUUUUCACUGAGCUUACAUCUGUUUUAAAAAUGCAAACGUGUUCUACCAAUGUAAAAUAUUAUUUGAUCCUUGAAGUCAUUGCCAAAAGCUGGUGUGUUUGUGUGUUUCAAGUAAAUCAUUGCUUGUUUUAUUUCUCUGGAUUCUUUUGAGAGUAUUUGUAUUUCUUACUUUUAAUAUAUAAAUUUUCUUCUUUGUAAACUUGUGUUACAGUUGACAUGAAAAUAUCUACCUAAUAACAAGCUGACGAAGCCGUGGUAUAACAUCGCAUCGUUUCUGUGCACUCAAAGCCAUUUGUAUUACAUUACCCUAUUGUGAAUUGCACUUUGUCUGUUGUUGUUUACCAUAACGAGACAUUUGCGUUUUCCUUGUUACUUUUAAGCCAUCUUGUACUUCUCUACAGUUAGUCUUACGUUUUUAUCACGUCAGUCCUACAAAAAUCUUUUGGUUUUUACUUGUCCCUCCUAUACCUCAUUUGAAUAAUCUUUCCAAAAAACAAAAAUCCUUGUCAGCCAUUUUAUAGUAUAUUUUUAAUGCUGAGAAUACCAGACUGUAUCUUAUCAGGAAACUCUGUAGACAGUAUUUAAAUGCCAAGUGUUUUUGGAAACGUGUGCCUUCUCUUUCGUGGGGGAGGCCACAGCGUCUCUUCUCCACCGGGUGACGGUAUGGAGGCGCUCUGCUGGAGCRGAAGCUCCACAGCUUUCUGUCACUUUGUCUACAGCUCCUGGUGGCUUAUUAUGCUCUAAAAAAUGCUUUGAUUUACACUUUUAUGAAAACUAUUAUUCAAAGAUGAAACCUUUAAUGACUGUAUUAUGUGGAAGCUGGGGUCAGAAUUAAAUAAAGAUGCUUUUUUUGGGAAAGA